GGCAGGCCUGAUCCCCCAGCACAAGAAUAAUGGUCGUCAACAUGAGCACAUUGAGUUCCGCAGAGCGGACGUCCACACCACUGUCGAGACACCAUGUGUUGUAUAUUGCUUUUUCGGAAUUGUUGUUCUCCAUCAUUUUCCUCGUCGUAGGGAUCUUACUCUUGUAUACCUUGGGUGAACAAAUUCUGGAUGUCGAUGCGGUUGCGUUAGCUCUACACAUUUUCUCUUACUUCUUCCUGGGGCUCUCUACUAUAUUAGGAAUAAGCGGGGCUUUGUAUAGAUCUUGCCCUCUGGUUGCCAUGUUCUGUUCCAUGAUAAUGGCUCAACUCGUUUUCGGCAUUGGGUCUGGUAUUUACUGCCUCACAAUACUAUUCAGCGACCCAGGAGACAUUACCAGCCGAAUUCUUCACCAAAAGUGUCUCCAUUUAGACCAUUUCUCGGGCGCUUUCUGCGAGCGGACACCCCUGAUGAAGUACUUGACCCUUGCCUUGUUCGUACAGGCAUGGUUAAUCGAAAUAUUGGGUAUCUACUACGCUCAAGCCUACGUUCAGGAGCUUCUCGAUGAGGAGACAGAUGGAAUGAAGGAAUUUGAUUACGAGUUUGAUUACGACUAUGCCUACUACUAGUAUAGUGAAUGUUGAUGUUAUGAGCAGUAUACGCACGCUGGAUUUUUUCCCUUGACAGAUCGUGACAACUCGAAUCUUGAAUUCCUCGUAUACAAGUCUCGUUCCAACAAAUUUCGUGUUCCAGGUUGAACAUCUUCCUCCGGAACCGUUGAUACCGUUGAUCAUUGCGUUAGAACUUAGGAAGUAAAAGAAUGAAAUUCUGAUGUGAUUGAAAUGAUGAUUAACUUACCCUGUUGGGGACUUGCAUUGCUUCUCACUUGCCUGAUGAUGUUCUUUCAUCAGUUGGACUUGACAUCUGCAAAACCUGGAUGUUCAUGAGAGCAAGGAUCCUAACUGGAGAGUGCUGUCAGCUGCUUUUGAGCUCAAUUGUUUGUGUCCUUC